CGAGAUGGCCAUCCCUCAGAUCCGGAGCUGAUCUAUUUGACUGCGGGCGCCUCGGCUGGCGUCCAGCUGCUCCUCUCGGUGGUUGUCUCAGGACCAGAAGUAGGAGUGAUGAUCCCCAUUCCUCAAUAUCCGCUCUACUCUGCCGCACUCGCCUUUAACAACUGCCACGCUGUGCGAUACGAGCUGGACGCGGACGAUGAUUGGGCAGUGGACGUAGCAGCGAUGGGCCGAACGGUGGACGAGGAGCGGGCAAAGGGUGUGGAUGUUCGGGCUUUGGUGGUCAUCAAUCCAGGCAACCCUACAGGAAGCUGUUUGACAGAGGCAAACAUUCAAGAUAUCCUCAAGCUGGCGCACGAGAAGAGAUUAGUAGUCAUGGCAGAUGAGGUGUACCAGAGGAACAUUUAUCACCCCGAUCAGCGACCCUUCAUCUCCUUCAAAAAGGUCUUGAGAGACUUUGGAAAGAGCGGCAAUGUCGAGGAAAAGGAGUUGGCGAAUCAGGUGGAGCUGGUCAGCUUUCACUCGAUUUCCAAGGGCGUCAGCGGCGAGUGUGGAAGGAGAGGAGGAUACUUUGAGUUGACCAAUAUGGAUCCAAAGGUGGAGGCGCAGGUGUACAAGAUGGCAUCUGUCAACUUGUGUCCCCCAUUGCAAGGACAAAUCGGUGUGGAUCUGUUGGUGCGGCCACCAAAGGAAGGCGAGCCAAGCUACGCGCUGUGGAAGGAAGAAACGGAAGGAAUCCAUGAAACGCUCAAGAAGCGCAGCCAAAAGAUGGCGGAUCAAUUCGCCAAACUUCCUGGAGUCAAGUGCGGAGAGGCUCAAGGAGCGCUGUAUCUGUUCCCCGAGAUCACCUUGCCUCCCAAAGCGAUCGAAGCUGCAAAGAAGGAGGAGAGGAAACCAGACCUGUACUAUUGCUUGAGAUUGUUGGACGCUACAGGUAUUUGCGUCGUGCCUGGAAGCGGCUUUGGCAAGCAACCCGGCCCGAAUGGAGAGUGCUUCCUCCGCACAACUGUCCUGGCCAAGGAGACCGACGAAUUUAUCCAGCGUUUCGGCGACUUUCACAAGUGAGUCCAUCAAGCGCUUGUCGGGUGAUUUUCCCGCCCAGCCUCUCAUGCGUCUGACUCGCCUGCUUCGAUCGAAUCGAUACACUUAUCCGAUCCCAGGUCGUUCCUCAAGGAAUUCGAGGGAUGAAAGAUGGAGUCCGGGCAAAUGCGACCUGGAGCGCUUGAAGGCAAAGCUUAUCAUUAUUGCCGUUCCCCCUCGCAACGUCCAUGCC